GUAUCUGAAAACGAACGAAUCGUAUUUGAAAAAGCGUUUCCUUAAUUAAGUAAAAUAUAUUGGAUUCAGUGGCCGGUGCACUUUUGUCUUAGGAGGAAGAACAUGCUGCAGUCAACUGUUGCAUUAAUAUACAAAGGAGAUUGCUCGAAACAAUUCUGAUCCAUUUAGCUUAAAUGAUAAAAUAUUUGUAAAAAAUUUCCGCCUCAACAAAGACGCAUUUAAAAGCGUUUUAACAAUUAUGGAGGAAGAGCUUGGGCGAAGUGUAAAAUCAUCAUCGGUGACUCCUAUAAGUAGAUUGAUGGCAGUUUUGAGAUCUUUCGCUGAAGGAAGCUACCAACAUGGUGUUGGGAAAGAUUUUGAUGUGGGGUUGGCGCAAUCCACGUUCUCAAAAACAUUGACAAAAACUUUAAACAUCUUAGAGCGCCGACUGUGCCCAGUAUGGAUUCAAUUUUCAAUGACGGAGGAGGAGAAUAAACGAGCCAAAAUGUGGUUUUACAGGAGAUCGCAAUUCCCUGGCGUUGUUAUGUGUGUGGACGGCACGCACAUUAAAAUACUUCCUCCUGCAGACGAACCGUAUUUGUACUACAAUCGUAAGGGAUACUACAGCCUAAAUGCAAAUGUGGUAAGUAAAACCACAAGAGCAAAGUAAUUUUGUACGUGCAAUUUAUCGUAAAUGUAUUAAAUAGAUUUGCGAUCACAAGAUGCAAAUAAGGUGUGUUGAUGCUCGGUUUCCAGGCAGUAGCCACGACUCACAUGUGUGGAAUGUAAGCGCUGCAAAAACCAAUUUUGAAGAGAGAUAUCGGCAAGGAGACAAAACAACUUGGAUAUUAGGCGAUGCUGGGUAUCCAUUACAGCCGUGGUUAAUUACACCAUUCCGUUCUCCUGUGGCAGGAAGUCGAGAAAGCGCCUUCAACAAAACGCACAGUAAAGCGCGCAACAUAGUCGAGAGAGUCAUCGGCGUUUUGAAAAAUAGAUUUCGAUGCCUGCUCAGUGUUAGCCAACUACAUUAUUCGCCCCAAAAAGUGGUACAAAUAAUUAAUGUGGUAUGCGCAUUGCAUAACAUGUGCACCCACUACAACGUGGAAGAUAAUACGCCUGAUAUUAUGGAUGAUGAAUAUGAAGAUGUUAAUGAAGAGGAAGCGCCAUCAGAAUUUUCCAGAGAAGCGUCAGUCAUACGAAUGCGAAUUUUGAGAUCAUUACCUAACUAAUGAAAACAAUCCCAUAACUUUGUACUUCAUAUUUAUUUGAUAUAAAAAAAAGUAAAAUAAAUUCAGUUCUUUGUUUUUUUAAAUCUAAUAGUUUGUACAUACAGUGGACCCAAAAAGUAUUCGUCGCUUAUUGUUUAUAAGGAAUAGUAUAACA